CUCGGUCUCUCAGCGCCGCUGUUUUCUCCGAUCUUCAGCAACAGUGGUCCGGAUUCCGCAUAUAAUACUACACCGGCUUGCUCUGAGCUGAAAAGGGAUCGAAAAUACGCAGUGCUGGGGAGUGGUGGAGAAGGUUGGUUUCUUCCGACGAGGCCGGGAUUAAGGAAUCCCACCAAGGGCGACGAUCGGAUUUCUAUCUAUCCUUGCGCAAGAAUAACAGGGAGAGAGCCGUUUACUCUUUUGGCCCCUUCUUGCUACGAACACAAGAGAAGACGCAUGAGACGUUGGGCAUCGCCGCUCCCACUUCUCGGCACUGGUAUCUUGAUGCUAGCGAUUGCCAUCGCUCUCUAUCCUCCAGCUCUCCUGCGCGUCAACGCCGCGACGAAUCUGCAAGCCGUGAAGGCAAGGAUACCCGCGUGGAUUGCCGGUGUGAGGCUGUAUCAGACGGGAUCUAUCACCAGCAUCAGCGUCGUGAACUCCUCGGCCCUCUCAACAUCGACGACAUCAAGGUCGGCGCCCAGAGAAGAGCCACGGACUCGUCAAACGAGAGCCGUCGCCUCCAUCCCGAGCAGCAUGGCUUCGUCAGACCCUCUCCCUGAAACUUGCAUGCCGGAACAGAAUGCCACACCUCAGACAGCUCCCUCACCAAGCAACAAUGCCGACUCCGCCGCCGCCGAGCCCGAGCUGCCGAAACUCUCUGCCCAGGACUUCCGCGUGUAUAACCGGCUGGCGGCCAUGAUGGAUGCAUAUCACAACCAUUUCCGCUACACCUGGAACCUGUUGUACAAAGCCUGCACGUCCGGUUCUCGACCUGCCGGCAUGUCCCUCCGCAGCUUCAUUUCUCAAGGCCUCCACCUCUGCCACGCGUUGACAAUCCACCACACAAUCGAAGAACAGCACGUCUUUCCCGAACUCGCCGAACGCAUGCCGGCCUUUGGGGAGCACGAUCACUUAAUCACCCAGCAUGAACAGAUCCACGUCGGCCUGGAGAAGUUGGAGCAGUAUCUGGACACGUGCCGGAGUGGGGAGAAGGAGCUGCGGUUGCCAGAAUUGAAGGAGAUCAUGGACUCCUUUGGCGGGGUGUUGUGGGCGCAUUUGGAUGACGAGGUGAGGAUGUUGGGGGCGGAGAAUAUGCGCAAGUACUGGAGCAAGGAUGAGAUCAUGUCGAUGCAGUGGUGAAGCGAUGCCGCUUUCUGCCGUUUGUGAAACGUUUUGAGCGAUAGACGGGUGGUGUUGGCGCUGAUAGAGCUGCUCUCAAUUAGAG